AACCCAAACUAGUUUAUUGGUUGAACUCCCCACACUGUAAAACUGCUAUUAGAGAUAGAAAAAUGAAAGGACUUAAAGGAUCGUUUAUAAUUUUACAAUUAUAUUCAAUUUUCACAAUUGUCAAUCUGCAUUUGAUUUUAAACCCAGUCAUCUUAAUACCGGGAGAUGGAGGAAGUCAGUUUCAGGCAAAGUUGAACAAACCAAGAGUAGUGCACAGAAACUGUUGGAAGAAAACGAAUGAUUACUAUGACUUAUGGCUCAGUUUGGUACAGAUAUCGCCGCUUGCUAUCAACUGUUUUGUGGAUAACAUGAGGCUGGAAUAUGACAAUGUGACAAGAACAACCCGUAAUUCACCUGGUGUAGAUAUCAAGAUCCCAGGCUUUGGUGAAACAAAAACUGUGGAAUGGCUAGACAAUGCAAAACUCCCCUUCACACGUUAUUAUCAUGACAUAGCCCAGGCAUUGGUUAGCUGGGGAUACGAAAGAAAUGUGACACUUAGAGGGGCUCCAUACGACUUCAGAAAAGCGCCAAACGAGUUGAAGGGAUUUCUAGGCAACCUAAAAUCACUGAUAGAAGAAACAUAUUAUAAGAACAAUAACAACAAAGUGGUCCUCUUAGCUCACAGUAUGGGCAACCCACUUACAUUACACCUGUUAAAUCAUAUGACUAAAGAAUGGAAAGAUAAAUUCAUCAAGAGUUUUAUGUCCCUGGCCGGUGUGUGGGGCGGAGCUGCCAAAUCUAUACGACUUAUGAUAUCUGGUGACAAUUUAGAUGUUCGUUUUGUGAGCCCUUUGACCGUCCGGCGGGAACAAAGAAGUUGUCCUAGCACUGCAUGGUUAAUGCCAUCAGACGAGUUCUGGAGUGAAACAGAGGUUCUUGUCGUUACACCCACAAGAAACUAUACUGUUAAGGAUUACAGGCAACUAUUUGAGGACAUUGCCUAUCCGACUGGGUACAAGCUGCGGGAAGACACUGAAAAGUUGGUCAAGCCAUUGAAGGCCCCAGACGUUGAGAUGCACUGUUUGCAUGGUGUUGACGAAUCGACACCAAGAGCGUUCGUAUACAAGAGGACAAGGUGGCUAAAUGAAAAGCCAGAAACACUUCAAGGCAACGGUGAUGGUACGGUUAACAUUCGCAGCCUUCUAGGGUGUUUGAGAUUUCGGGAACAACAAAAACAGCCCGUACAUCAUCAAGUGUUUCACAAAGUAGGACACAUGAAUAUUCUGAAGGAAACAGUUGUGAUUGAUUAUUUGGAGAAAGUUCUUGUUGGUGAAAAGAGAGCAGCAGUCAACAAAUUAAUAAGGUUUUACUCAAAUAGUAGACCCUAUUACUGAAGGUGGCAAUUUUCAAAAGCCCUAUUUAAGUCAUGAAUUAAAGAUGACUUUAAAUAAAUAUCGUAACGUUCUGUGGACAUUUACAAAACUAACUUGAUAAAUGAGUCAAAAACGACGCGGAGUGAUUUUAUGAUACCCUCCGUGAUUUUGUAUAAUCUAGUUUAUAUUUGUAAAUAGGACUGAUGUAUGUUCAUGUUUCAUGAAUUUUUUGUUACAGGAAUCGGUAACUCCCAUUUCUCUUUGUUUUAAUAAAAUGAAUAGAGAACAAUAUGGCUCGAAAAAUAAUAUCUACCAUAUAGUAAAGACAAUCACAGCACGCUAUCAUUGCUUAUUGCCCUAAAUAUGUAGGGGAAAAGAAGAGUUUUUCGUUAACAAAACAUUAAAGACACUGUGCCAAUUCAAGUGUAAAUGUGGGAAUUCAGGAAAAAGUUAAAAAAAACAACAUAAGUAGUUUACAUUUUGCAAUAUAUGUUUCUUAUUUCAUAUUCAGCAUUUAAGGAAUAUCCAAUAACCCACGUGAUACACGGAAAUGUAUAUAAAUAUUCAUCAGAAUGUAUCGGUAAGGCCCAGUUGAUAAAAAGAGUGGGCAGUCUUUUUCUAUUCUAGGCAGUUUUUAUAUUUUAUCCUAAACUUUCGUAAUUAUCAAUUGUUAGUCGAUCACCAUUAAAGUAAUAAAUCUACAGAUAUAUAUCUUAAUCGCCUCAACUUGAGAACGAAAAAUAGCACUUUUUAAAAGUGACACUACAAUCAGAAUCAAUUUUAAAAUACCAUUGACACAAAGAGAGCAUCGACUACUUUAUAGUUUGUAACAACACAGAAAUAAGCAAAUACAAAUGGAAAUAGAUGUAAUUGUACAUUCUCCUUGACCUUUAGUGUGACAUUCACCUUUACCUUGAACUACUUCUUUAUCUUUUAAGCCAAAAUCGUAGAAUUUCUAAUUUUUGUUUAAGUCUGUAUGGACAGUGGCUGACUCAUUUUCACUUACUAAAAUAAUUAUUUUCUUAUUAUUCUUCAACCCUAUUGAUUUAUUUCUGUUUGGAUUUUCUUAGAUCUUUAUGUAUAUUCGUAUUAAUAUAUGCCACAUUUAGAGUACUUGAAAACAGAUUACAAUCACUACGCUACUGACAUUUAUUGUUGUGUAUAGAAACAAUUAAGUAGAUCUACCACAUCUUGCAUAUCGUUUGAUCAAUUUUAAAACCACGCGACGAUGACGCAAUGAAUUUUAAAAGUUAAAACUCUUUAAUAGUUAACAUUAUAUCGAACUCCAGAACCAAUAAGUUUGAUAUACAUGAUCUGAUUUGAUAUAUCUACAUAUAGCAGAUAAUAAAUUGUUCUAGAAUAAAACAUUAUUUCUCAUUAUAAAAAAAGUUCACAUUUACAAAAAUGUAAUAGUUUAGGACAGGCAACACUUUUUUUCCAAGAAAUAUUUUAUAGCAACAUCCAUAGAUACAUGGCAUUUGUUUUAUAAAUAUUUGAAAAACUUAUGGAAAAUGUGCCCAUUGAAAACCAAUCCACUUGAAACGAUACAAAAAUGUUUUGUUUUAACUCUUUCUCCAGUAUAGCGCUCAUAUAUUCAAUUUGGCAAGGCUCU